AUGAGCAACCCACCACAAACUGGUUAUGCGCUCGGCAAGGUGGCGACCAUUGACGAGAAGAAGACUAUCGAAGAUGAACACCUCGCUCCCGAAGAGUACAUCCCAAACUCGGAGAACGUCACGAAGCACGAGUUUGACACUCUGCGCCAUGUCGGCGACCGUCUCCCCAUCACUGCGUGGCUCGUCGUUAUUGUCGAGUUUGCUGAACGAUGGACCUACUACGGCACCGUCAAUGUCUUCAGCAACUACAUUCGUGCCCCUCUUCCGCCGGGUUCUACAUCCGGUGCUGUAGAUCCUGCACAUCGUGAUGAUGGUGUUGCUGGUGCCUUGGGCUUAGGUCAACAGAAGUCCUUCACCAUUCGUACAUUCAACACGUUCUUCAUCUACAGCACCCCGAUUCUUGGAGGAAUCAUUGCGGACACAUUGCUUGGUCGUUACAAUACGAUCAUGCUGGCUAGCAUUAUCUGCCUUGUCGGUCACAUCAUCCUUGUCGGAACAGCAUCCCCUCCUUCGCUUGCCCAUCCACAGGGAGCAUUGGCAGGCCUUAUCGUUUCGAUUUUGAUCAUGGGUGUCGGUGCCGGUUUCAUCAAGUCCAACGUUUCUCCAAUGGUUGGUGAACAAUACCAGGGCAAAUUGCGCAAAGAAACCCUCGCCUCUGGAGAGGUUGUCAUCAAGAGUCCUGCCGUCACCAUCCAAAGCGUUUAUAUGUACUACUACGCGGCCAUCAACUUUGGAGCUUUGGGUGCCAUCUCAGCAUCCUUCCUGGCUCGUGAUCAUGGCUAUUGGGCAGCAUAUUUACUCCCUACCUGCAUAUUCCUCCUCGUCCCUGGUGUCCUCUGGGUUGGCCGCAAGAACUACGUACACACUCCUCCGCGUGGCUCCGUCUUGGUUGACUGCGUUCGCGUCAUCAAGAUGGCAUCGAAAGGCAAAUGGAGUCUAAACCCUGUGCGCACAUACCGCAACUUGAAGGCGGCAGACUUUUGGGAGCCCGCCAAGCGCUCGUCCUACACGGAUGCAGAUCGCCCGAAGAAGCUUUUGUGGGACGACGAGUUUGUUGCUGAAGUAUCCAGGACCGUCAAGGCUUGCGCAGUGCUCAUCUGGUUCCCCGUUUUCUGGCUCUGCUACUCGCAGAUUGAUGGUAACUUGAGCACUGUCGCUGCUGCAAUGCAACUCAAGGGAACUCCAAAUGAUUUGAUCCAGAAUCUCAACCCGGUCACCCUCAUCGUCUUCAUCCCUAUCUUUGACAAGAUCGUUUACCCAACGUUCCGUCGCUGGGGAUGGAACUUUACCCCAAUCAAACGUAUCUUCGUUGGGUUCCUUACCGUAGGAUUGGCCAUGGUCUAUGCUGGAGCGCUCCAGCAUUUUAUCUAUGCCAAGUCUCCCUGCCACGACAACCUCCCUUCAGAGUGCAUAACCCCUGACAAGUACCCCAACCCGGCUCCGAUCAACGUCUGGGUUGUCAGUGGACCGUAUAUCCUUGUCGGCAUUGGCGAAAUCUUUGCCUCAAUCACAUCGCUCGAGUACGCGUUCACCAAGGCACCCAAGCGCAUGAAGUCCGUCAUCACAGCCUUUGCUCAGUUCCAAACCGCUCUCUCUGCUGCAAUCAACUUUGCUUUGACUGCGCUCAAUGCAGAGAACAUGUUCGGCUGGCUCUUUGGUUCAUUUGCCAUUGCUGCUUGGAUCACUGGCUUCUUGUUCUUCUGGACCUUCUACGAUCUUGAUCAGCAAGAAGGUGAACUCAACCAGAUUGGUAUUGGAGAGCGUGAGGGGUAUGCAGACGAACACCCGGCCGGUGACAACAAGGCUUAG